GGUUAAGGAGAAGACACCACGUGGUAUUUCCUUUGAGGAAACUGGUCACUUUGGCGCGACUGAUCUGAUCUCACAUCUGUUCUCAACGUCGAGAAGACAAAUAUCACAGUUUUACACACUUAAGAUUUACAGCUGGCGGACGUUGUGGAGGCUGGUGGUUAGUCAGAGAUGAUUCCUCAUGAAGUCCAUGGAGUCGUCCUCUCUGUCGCCUGGCGGGUGUCACUCUGCCCUCUCUAGACUACUGAGUCCAGGACACACAGUCACACAGUGAAGACCUGAAAGAGACCUGAUAGAGCCCAUGACAACACUGAGAGAGAGAGAUGUUUCCCAUGCCAAUAAAGCCCUUAAAUUGAAUUGAAAUUGAGAGAGAAACAGAGAUAGGGACAAAGAGAGAGAGAGACAGUAGGUUCAAAAAGCCUACUUGAGAGACAAACAAAGAGUGAAAACCAACCAUGAAAUCCAACCAGGAGAGGAGCCAUGGCUGUCUGCCCCCAAAGAAGCGUGAGAUCCUGGCCCUGGAGCAGAGGCCUGUGGUGGUACCAGCAGCAGCUGAGAUCCUGGCUCUGGAGCAGAGGCCUGUGGUGGUAACAGCAGCAGCUGAGAUCCUGGCCCUGGAGCAGAGGCCUGUGGUGGUACCAGCAGCAGCUGCAGCCUCAGCAGACACUACCUUACACACAGAGAACCUGGCUUGGCUGGCCAAUGUAGCCAGCGAACGCUGCAGAUCCACAGAAACUCCCAGCCCCAGGUUUCAUGUCUCCUCGUCCUCCUCUUCAUCCCCCUCCCCUUCUGCUCUCCCCCUGUCCUCUCUCUCCACGAUCUACCCCACUGGGGUGGGGCUCAGCCAACAGGGCGGGACAAUCCAGUAUGCCCAGCUGGCCCCUAACCUCCAGUUCAUUAGCUCGGGGCCGUACACUGGCUACAUCUCCUCUCAGAUCAUCCAGUCCACUGCCACCAGUGUAGCCGCCUCCACAGGGCAACAGCGCCACCAUCUGGACGGCCACUGCUACACCACCGCCCUCAUCUCCCAGGCCACCAAGGUUGGGGACCAGCAGAACCAGGUCCAGAUAGGUCUGCCGUCUGACCUGGCUGUGUCCGUUGGAGGGACCCACUUCACCACUACCCACCAGUACAUCCAGCUGGACAGCAGCAGCCCUCUGAGCGUCACCUCCCCUACCCAGGGCCACCUCCAGCCUCUCCAGCUCCACACCCACCCUGGGGUGGGCCUCCUCCCCCACACCCUCACCCUCGCCCCCUCCCAGGUGCUGGUCCAGUAUACGGAUGGGUUAGGGGUCAACAAAGCUGAGGGCGGACACACCACGGUGGUGCAGCUGAAUGGAGAGCUGGAGAGGAGUUUCGGUAAACAGAGUUGUGCUGGCAUCAAAGGAACCUCCUACUCUAACCAGAACAAUCAGCAGGUUCACCAUGGAUAUGAAGCUCGACACAUCCUCAUUCCCGCAGACUACACUACCCAGGAUUCCACAGGACUACAAACCUCCCUGGUGCUGGUAGCAAACGCCCAGCCCAACCCCCACCCCCACCCUACCAGUGGUGCUGAGCAGGACACGGUCCAGGUCCACCCAUCACUAAUACACAGUGAGGGAGGAGGCAUCUGUCUAAGGAAACCUGUCUCCAGAACCUCCUCUUUCACCUCCCUCAACUCCUCUGAGGCUCUGAAGGUCUCUUCUGCCCCUCACACGGUUAUCCAGACCACCCACCACUCUGACGAGCAUGUACACAGCCUGUACUCCACCACCCAGGCACCAAUCAUCGGCUACAUCGCCAGGGCAGGUAACCAGCAUGGCGUCAGCUACGCCACCCUGCCGCAGCAUCUGGUCAUCGGGGACGGCCAGUCCCUCCAGUCUCUCCUGAUACCCGUUAAUGGAGUUACCACCACUACGGACCUCGAGGCUGCCUGCUCGGUGACCGCCAGGACGGCCAGCACCACCGCCUCUCAGCUGGCCCCAGCGACCGCAUCCCUCCCCCGCCACACCUACCUCACUGCGUCCCUGUCCAAGUGUGAGAUGCUGGGGUCGGACGGCCACCACCAGUCCCCUGCUGUACUCCAGGCCCAAGUACUACCCAUCCAACACAUCCAAAUCCCGUCUAACACACCGGCUAAUGUGGUGGCGUCCCCCUCCCCUGCCCCAGCCCUAGCUCCAGCUCCUGUCCAGGCCACCCCCACUCUCUCCUCUUCCCCCUCCCCUGCCCCAGCCCUAGCUCCAGCCCCUGUCCAGGCCUCCCCCUCUCUCUCCUCUUCCCCCUCCCCUGCCCUAGCUCCAGCCCCUGUCCAGGCCUCCCCCUCUCUCUCAUCUUCCCCCUCCCCUGCCCCAGCCCUAGCUCCAGCCCCUGUCCAGGCCACCCCCACUCUCUCCUCUUCCUCCUCCCCUUCCCCAGCCCUAGCUCCAGCCCCUGUCCAGGCCUCCCCCUCUCUCUCCUCCUCUCCAACCACGCUCCCUCCGUUCUUCAUGCGUGGCUCCAUCAUCCAGCUGGCGGAUGGGGAGCUGAAGCGAGUGGAGGACCUGAAGACGGAGGACUUUAUCCAGAGUGCUGAGAUCAGCAGUGAGCUGAAGAUUGACUCCAGCACAGUGGAACGCAUCGACACGGGCCAGACACCCAACGCUGUCAUCAUACAGUUCGGUGUCGGGGAACACAAAGCGCAGGUGUGUGUGGAGGUGCUGUUAGAGUACCCGUUCUUUGUGUUCGGCCAGGGCUGGUCGUCCUGCUGCCCUGGCCGGACCACUCAGCUGUUGGAGCUGAGCUGUGCCAAGCUGUGUGUUGGGGACGUGUGUCUCCCUGACCCUCAGGAGCCUGAGGGGUGGCGGUGGCUCUGUGUCUGGGAGGAACCACAACAGCCAGGGUCACGAGGUCAAGCUGAGGCACAGCCACAACACUAG